AUGGCCGAAGCUCCCAACUAUGACCAGAAUAUCGGCUCCAAGCCCGGGACGAUGCACAUUGAAGGAUCGGGCAUCGCGACCGACACUGGCAAGAUUCACAAUGGGGACGCGGCGUUGGCCUUGUUCGAUAAUCUGGAGGACAUGCAUGAAGAAUUCGAGGCAGGCGAGGAGAAGAAGCUGGUUCGAAAAAUCGACUUGAUGAUUCUCCCCUUCUUAGCGGUUUGCUAUGCCUUCUAUUAUAUUGACAAAACAACCCUCUCCUAUGCAGCGAUAUUCGGCAUUGAAGAGGAUCUCAACCUUUCAGGCACCGAAUACUCCUGGCUCUCGAGCGUGUUCUACUUUGGCUUCUUGGUCUGGUCGAUGCCUACCAAUCUCCUGAUGCAAAGGUUCCCCAUUGGAAAAUACCUGGGGACCAAUAUUUUUCUAUGGGGAUUUUUUCUAAUGCUCCAGGCGGCUGCAAAAAACUUCACUCAAUUAGCCGUGCUACGCGUCAUCUCGGGCGCUGCUGAAGCAUGCAGUGACCCGGCGUUCAUGUUAAUUACUAGCAUGUGGUAUACUCGGCGCCAGCAACCAAUCCGAAUUGGCCUAUGGUAUACUGCCAAUGGCUUUGGAAUCGCAGUGGGUGGUCUACUCGGCUAUGGAAUCGGCCAGAUUGAGGGGUCACUCUCUUCCUGGAAAUAUGAGUUCCUCAUCAUUGGGGCCCUCUGUGCCAUUUGGGGCAUUGUCAUGAUUAUUUUUCUUCCCGACUCCCCUGUCACCGCGCCUCAACUAUCGGACCGUGAGAAGCGUCUGGCAGUGGAGCGACUACGCGACAAUCAAACUGGUGUGGAAAAUAAGAAUAUGAAGCCCAAGCAGAUAUUGGAGGCCUUCCUAGACUGGAAAGUCUGGUUAUUCUUCCUACUUGGCUUCUCCGGAAACAUCCCCAAUGGCGGCAUUUCGAAUUUUGGCACCCUCAUUAUCAAGGGAUUCGGCUUUUCUACCUUGGUUACUACGCUCAUGCAAAUCCCGUAUGGGGCCUUUAUUGCGGCUAUGAUUCUACUCGCUGUAUUCAUCAACGAUCGAUUGCCUCGAAAUAACCGCUGCAUUGUCGCCGUUCUAUUCCUUUUGCCAAACCUGGCAGGCUCCUUUGGACUGCACUUUUUGCCCCAAUCCAACCAAGUCGGCCGGCUCAUCUGCUACUACCUGACAGGCUCCUACAAUGCCUCCUUUGUCAUCAUUUUGUCCAUCUUGACAGGCAAUAUCGCCGGCCAUACCAAGAAAGUAGUGACUAACGCGAUGAUCUUCUUGGGCGUAUGUGCCGGGAACAUUGCAGGCCCGUUCUUUUACAAGUCGGACCAAGCCCCAGGAUACUCGCUCGGGAUUUGGUCGAUGAUUGUAGCUAACUUUGUGGAAAUCGUCUUGAUAAUCAUACUCGGUUUGGCUUUGGCUUGGGAAAAUCGCCGUCGCGAUCGAGCCCAAGGCAUCGAAUCUGGCGGAGAUGCGGAUUAUAUGCGACAGUUGGAGCUGGACCGGACGGCAUUCAGUGAUUUGACAGACAAGGAGAACAUGAACUUUCGCUAUAUAUACUGA